AUGGGCAAACUUACUACUUAUAACAUUUUGUAUCGUACUGUUGAAGACUGUACUCAUCCCUGGAAGGUCGCUUUAGCAGUAGCUUUGGGCAGCCUUACCUAUGGCUAUUCCAUAUCAAUCCUUGGGAACACACUUGGAAAACCAAUCUUUUAUGUUUACAUGAAGCUGGAUACCACAGGCCCAGGAGCGGGUCAUGCUACAGCCAUCAUUGCCUGGUGGAACUGCAUACUCUAUGCUGGUGGUUUCUUCGGUUGUGCUUCAACCUUUUGGUUUGCUACACGAUCAGGACGUCGCAUGCCGAUUGCCGUCGGAGCCGCAUUUGCGGCCCUCGGCUCUGCGCUGCAGGCUGGAAGCGUCAACCCAGAGAUGAUGAUUGUUGCCCGUGCCAUCUUGGGAAUCGGCGUCGGCUUUUUGUUGUCGGGUGUACCAUUGUAUCAGGCGGAAAUCGCUCCACCGUCCAGCCGUGGUCUCGUCGUUGGUCUCCACGCUUCACUGAUUGGUUACGGAACAGCAGUUGCCUCCUGGAUCGGAGUAGCAUUCUUUCACGUCGACGGUCAGACUGGAUGGCGAGUCCCGUUGGCUCUUCAGACCGUAUUUCCUCUCACUUUGUUCCUUCUGGUGUGGUUUCUGCCGGAGAGUCCACGGUGGCUCUACAUGAAUGGCCGUGGUGAAGAAGCUGAGAAGGUCCUCAUCAGACUCCACCGAAAUCAAAAAGACCCAAACAACGAAUUCGCACGGAAAGAGAUGUACAUCAUCAAGGCGCAAAUUGACCAUGAAUUGAGCCAUCGUUUAACCCUGGCUGUGGCCCUCAAAACUCCGUCGAUGCGAAAGCGUUUUAUUCUCGGGUGGGCUACCAUGUCUUGCACCCAAGCGAGCGGCCUAAUAGUGGUUUUGACCUAUCAAGCCGUCAUUUAUGGAUCACUGGGCUUCUCACCAUUCAUGAUAGGGAUUCUAGCCUCGAUCUGGUGCAUUUGCAACGGAACCGGAAAUUUUAUUGGAGGCACUGGAGUCGAUUACUUUGGCCGUGUGCGACUGAUAAUCUGCGGUUUAGCUUCUUGCAUGGUCACACUUGUCCUCUUGUGUGUACUCACAAAGAAAUAUGCCGGUACAACAAACCGUGGCGGAAACAUUGCUGCCGCUGUGCUUACGUUCCUCCUCAUCAUAUUUUAUACCGUCGGUGUAGAGGCCGCGGCUUUUGUAUACACAUCAGAGCUUUUCCCAGGCGAAUGGAGAGCAUUAGGCGUCUCCACGUCCAUCACUGCGGUUUUCUUCUGGGGCUGCAUCUUCACAGCUGUGGCUUCGCCGGCAUUCGCCAAUAUUGGGCCACUCUAUUACAUUGUAUUCAUCUCCUGCUCUACCCUGAUGAUUUUCGUCGCCGGCUUUUUCUUCCCAGAGACGAAAGGCUUCACUCUUGAGCAGAUUGCAGCAGUGUUUGGAGAUGACGUCGUGGACAUGCAGGGCCGCGUUGAGCACGGUCAAGACUUCGUGAAGGAACAUGAGGAUCUUGAGCACGUUGAGCUCGGGCAAAUCUCCUCUGAGACCGUGACAAACAUCGAAAAGAGCCAAAGUGUCUGA